GGAGCACCAGACAUGCCACGUAUUCGUACUUUCAGAGUCUCUGUAGAUUCUUUGAGCCACUUUUAUUAAGUUUUUUUACCAUUUUUAUUCGUAUAAUCAUGUUUUUGAUGAUAAUAUUUGAUUUUGUGCUACCAAUCGUUGCAGUUUCCAUAAUUUUGUUUUGCGUGAUAUUGUACGUGACAACGCAACCGUAUCCUAAUGUGUGGCGAAAUGACGAAGAAAAAUUUUAUUUUAAUCCGAUAUCUGGAAAAAAGGAAGCUUUUCCUUCUAUAAACGACGAAUGGAGUAUUCAUCUCAGUGUCAUUGUUCCUGCUUACAACGAAGAAGAGCGAUUACCGCCAAUGUUGGAUGAAUGUCUCGAUUAUUUAGAAAAUCGUAAAAAGUCUGGUCUCACUUACGAAGUGAUUAUUGUUAGUGAUGGAAGUGUGGACAAAACUGUCGAGAUUGCACAUAGUUACGCAAAAAAAUAUGAGACUGUGAGAAUUCUAGCUUUAGUAAAAAAUCGCGGAAAAGGAGGCGCUGUUAGAUUGGGAAUGCAAAGUGCUAGAGGAAGUGUUCUUCUCUUUGCAGAUGCCGAUGGUGCAACUAAAUUCGCUGACUUGGCUAAACUAGAAACAAGUUUAAAUGAAGUCUUGAACGUUGACUAUACGAAAAAUGCGGAAAAAGUUGCUUCCGAGCAGGCCAUUAUCUGUGGAUCUCGUGCCCAUUUAGAGGAACAAGAGAUAGCCACACGAUCCUUUUUUCGACUCUUUCUGAUGUACGGUUUUCACUUUCUCGUCUGGUUUUUCUGUGUCAAGGGAGUUCGCGACACUCAGUGUGGAUUUAAACUUUUGACGCGAAAAUCGGCGAGAAUUAUUUUUGACGUGCUGCACGUCGAGCGAUGGGCUUUCGACGUGGAAAUGCUCUUCAUUGCGCAGACUCUGAAAAUUCCCAUUACGGAAGUAGCCGUCAACUGGACAGAAAUCGAGGGUUCGAAACUGGUACCGAUUUGGAGUUGGCUCCAGAUGGGUCGCGAUUUAGGCCUCAUUUGGUUGCGAUACAAAAUCGGUGCCUGGAAAUUAACUAAACCGAAAUCGAGUUAGAUUGUGGGGAAAAUUUUUCGCCACCUGGUGCCGAAAACGGGAACUAGAAAGAGUAGGUACUGUCAAAAAUAUGUUAUAACCAAUAACAAUAAUUAUUUCACGAUUUCAUAUAAGUUUUAAUGCAUUUUGGGCUUAAAUAAAAUUUAAUUAUUGUAUAUAGCGAGAGAUUUUAUCCAUAUUAUGAAAAUAAUACGAAUAAUAGACGAUUGGAAUUCAAAUACGAAUUCUAACCUGACUUUUAGAUCAGAUUUUUAAAUAAUAAAUAUAUAGUACAUAAAUGAUUAAAAAUAAGUCUAUUUAAGUUUAUAACCUGUUAAAAAUUACUAUAAAUAGUACAAUAAUUGUUCUUUUAGAACAAAUUAAAAUGCAUUUUUAAAAUCGUACCUAUUCUUUCUAGUUCUGGUUUUUCUCACCAAGUGGCGUAUCGCAAUUUAACCAUUACCAAUUGGACCGUAUUUAAAUUACGUAACAGCUCAUUAAUGUUAUUUUUGAAAAUUCGCAAAAUUUUUCUCCUCAAA